UCAGUCCUUGUCAUAUAUCAGGAAAAAAAGAAACUAUAUUCAAAAUUGAGGACUUGUUUCUCGAGUUAGGCAGACACUUUGGCUCUUUCGAUCGGUUUGUUAGAAAAGGAGGACUGUAAUUCCUCUCUUAAGAUAUCCUGACGACGUUUUUGUGUUCGUGUUCAUCGCCGAUAAAAUCCUGAUUGUUUAAUUUCUCUAGUCCUUAUAAUCCACGAGACGAUCCAGAAAAUCGUAGAGAGGAGCUAAAUGUGGAUAGGAUUAUCAUCGACGGUGGCAAAAACUCUCAGGAACUAUAUCAUCGCCAGCCUGACAAUUUUCUGUGGAUUAACUCCGACAACUGUGCGAAAAGCGAUACAAAUUACGCCCUAAGAGAUAAUUCUAAAUACGGCAACUUCAUAAUGGAAAAUCACUACAGACGAAACUUGUAUCAUGGCCUUUGAUCAUCAAAAAAAAUGUAAGCCAGCUUCGAACUAUGCGGCGAAUACUGCCGAUUUUUAUUCGGACCACCGCAAUACUUUGAACAAUGCACCGAACGCUCCCAUGUAUCUUCAACACGCCGCACACUAUGGAAAUUUUCGGGCACCACCUCCAUAUUAUCAUUACACAGACAGUAGCUACGGCACACGAUUUGGUCUCAUACGAGGGUACCACAAACAUUUGUACGACCCGACACCUCAGCACGAGCCUUGUUGCGAGUGUGCCCCUUUACGCGCAAGGAAAUCACAAUCGCUCGACGGCUGCAAUUGGGGAGUUGCGUUCGGCUGUGUUUUGUUAAUCAUUGGAGUCAUAGCAAUUCUUAUGGGAUUUUUGGUCCCGCAGAAACCCUCCAUAGGUAGAAACACUCAUUUAACAUCAGAGGAAAGACAUGAAUUGAGCCAAAUUAAUCUCUUCAUAGACGUUUUUGUGAUAGCAGGGCUUUCUGUUCUCUCAGUGGGAGGUUUGGUCAUUUCUGUGGCCUUGUUGAUGCCUUUGCUAAGGCGAAGGACCGAACAUUUCCACGACGAGCCGAUCAGAUACUUCGGCAGCGAAGUUUACGUGAAGUCCGAACAGUUGCCCAUGUCAAAAUCGGGGAUGCCGACAAUAAACUUAGGAUUUCACAAGGAUAUUGUGCCUGGAGACGUUGCUCUGCGUAAAAUUCAACCGGAGAGUGUGAAAAGCGAACCCGUUGACUUAAUUUCGCAGACAAAUCCUCCGUUACUCAGAGAAACACUUCGAUGAGGGUCUAAAUGGGAUGAUGGCUUAUAUGGCUAAAGAUUAAAACUUUGGUAGAUUAACGGCUAACGGUGACUAUCUUUCCAUAAUGGUCACCAGAGACUUUUUUAAGAUUAACGUUUUUUACGACUAAGGGUUAAAAUUUGUCAAUUUUUACGCCUGAUGGUUAAAUCGGUUUGGCCGUUUUAAGGCCGGCUAUUAGUUAACCCCAUUGAGUCCUUCUUUGAUGAGGCAUAAAAACUAAAUAGUUAAAACAAUCGCUUUGCUUGCAUAUGGGUUACGAUAACUUAUUAGGUGCUCUACAGUAAAAACUCGCUUACAAGAACACCCACUUUCGGGGUUCAGGCUGAUUGGGUUCUUAUAUAUCGGGUAUUUUAGGUGAAAUCAGUCUGAAAGUGUUCUGAAGUGUUCUUAAUCUUUUACUUCUAAAAAAAUGUAAGGGAUUUACAAACUAUGAUGAAAUACAUA